AGUAUAUUACAACUAUUGUGUCCAAGUGGAAUCUUGUUUGUGACAGAAAAUGGAUGAUUGCUCUUGUACAGUCUAUAUAUAUGGGAGGUAUCCUGGUAGGUGCAGUUACCGCAGGCCAAUUAUCAGACAGACAUGGAGAUAGUUGGCCCUUCUUGGAGGAAUACUGCGGGACUAAUAAUGCAGCACACAUGGGCACUGGGCUACCUUGUCCUGGCGGGUAUCGCGUAUGGAAUUCGUGAUUGGAUUACACUGCAGCUUGUUCUGUCUGUGCCAAUAACACUAUACUUGCUGCUAAUUUUCGUUGUCCCGGAGUCUCCUAGAUGGCUGUAUGCCAACAAUCAGUCUACCAAGGCAGAUGCGAUCGUGCAGAAGAUCGCAAGAUGGAAUAAAGUGAAUGUUCCCGAAAAACUCACAAUCGAGAACAGGUUGAUGGAUGAGGAAAAAAAAUAUUUCAUUGAUCUAGUACGUACGCCAGUUUUACGAAAGAGGGCGCUUAUUAUGUUUAAUGCAUGCAAAACACCAACAGGGCUAUACCCAAUGCCAUAUUUGGUGCUCUGGCAUUAGUGGCAGGUGUACUGGUACUCCUUCUGCC